UGACCGCUCAAUAGUUAAGAAGGCUCAUGCCAGUGAUGUGUGUGAAAGACAUCUUUUGACCUCUUUGAAAUGGAGUAUUCGAUUGACGAUGUCGCAGCAGCAAGGAGUUUGCAGUUCGCCAAGGUAUCUCAGCGUCGAUGGCUACAUUCUGGACCUAUGAUUAUGCAUGUUCACUUCAUGAAGAGUGGACAUUUUUACUUCGAUCGCACUGGAGCAAGAUGAAAGGCUUAUAUAUUGUUACAAGAUACCUUCCCUUUAUCCUUCUCAUCAUAAAUCUAUAUAUGAGCUUUACCCCGAAUGAGAACCUAGUUAAAUGCGGGAUGUUGGUCAAUAUUACCUCAGGGCUCGGCAUGAUAGCAGCCACUUGCGCCGACUGUUUUUUCAUCAUCAGGACAUAUGUGUUCUGGAACAAAAAUAAAAUCUUGCUCGCAGCCAUCGUGGGCACCUAUCUCCUGUGUCUCGUAGGAGCCGUCAGCGUUAUCAUCGACACUACCGCCUCCGCAGCAUAUGCUACUAUCCCGAUCCAGGACAUCACAGGGUGUUAUCAGAGUUCAUCCAGUGACCAGAUUUUUAUCCCAUUUGUUCUCUUUUCUGCGUUCGGACUGGGACUCAUGAUCCUCACGCUCAUACGUGCCAUACAUAGCUGGCAGAGAAACCAAAGCCAUCUGUAUGUUGUCCUGAUGAACCAUAACAUAUUAUAUUAUGCUUGCGUUUUCCUAUUCUCGGUAAUGAACAUCUUCACAUCGUUGCUCCUCCAGGACUCCUACCAGACCGUUUUGGAUGGUGUGCAGUUCCUAGCCCUUGCGACUGUUGCCACGCGCAUGCACAUCCAUCUCUGGCAGACAAACCAACAUUCACGCGGCUCAAGCGGCCUGGUUCAUAUUCGAUUGUCCGACAUGUCAUCUGUGAACGUCACAGCGUGAUGUCUUAUCCUGUGGUUUAUUCAAUGUUGUUCAUGGAGCGAGCCUUGGACUGUACAAGAUGACUGGUGGGGUGGGUCUGGUAGAGUUUGUACGUGUUUAAUUUACAGGAUGAGUCUGUCGCGGGGCAGGUGGAGCAUUUGGAUGGCCUUAUCUAUUUGACGACCGUACUAGUUCCAGCUGCUGUACAUUUAUUAUCAUU